UUUAAAAAAAUGAGUAUGAAAGAAAAAAACAAAGAAAAGUAAAAAGAAUUGAAAAUGCAUCAACCCCACAAAUCCAGAAGUCCGGUAAGUGGUACUCCAACUGAAACAACACAAAAUUAGAUCUUUGAUGAUGGAGUAGAACAUUUAUCUCAUCAGCCGCCGCCGCCGACGAAAUUAUUAACCUUUUGCCGCCAUUGUUCCUCCAUCCUCCGCCGUCAAACACUUAAGCAAUUAUCGUCGCCGCCGCCAACGCCGGAUCUCUCCAAGGUACCAAAUUGUUUAUUACUAUAUAUUUCCUGGGGUAACUGAUACAUUCACCAAGUCUUACAAACCCGAUUCUGAGCUCAUUCAAUUUAAUAAUCUUUUCUGGAAGAAAUUAUUCCUUCACAAUCAUUCAUAUGAUGUGGAGCUUCCUUCUACGAUAAUCGUGAUUGCAAAUUUUCUUUCCUAAAACCCUAAAACAUAAACGCUAAAUCCCCAUUCCCCGAUUCCCAAUUUAUAAAGAUAAAUCCCUAGUUCUUCUUCUCGUACUGUGAUUCUUGAAAGCAAUUUGGAACUUGAGAUUUGCCGCUUGGAAGCAAGUCAUGAACGGUUCUAUAUUAAGGUGAUGAUAUUUGGCCUUGAGUGUUGCAGAGUUUCUUAUCAAAUUCAACGGGCAUUACACAUAGUUCCUUCAUUAUCUGUUGUUGACUGUUACUCUUUAGUCUCUAAUACGAUGAAGGAAAUUAGAGUAGGCCGCCCUUCCUUUUACUCGGCUGCUGCAUUUGAUAGAGAAUCUAAGAAUCAACCAUCUUGCUUGAUAAGUGAGGAUAGAUCUUCAUCUACCCAUGCUCUGUGUACCCCUGAAAUCGAGAAGACGUAUGUUCAUAAGGUUUAUGAUGCAAUUGCACCCCAUUUUAGUUCAACUAGAUUUGCUAAGUGGCCAAAGGUUGCAUCUUUUUUAGAUUCUUUGCCUCUAGGAUCUCUUGUCCUUGAUGCGGGCUGUGGAAACGGAAAAUACCUUGGUUAUAAUCCCAACUGCUUUUUUGUAGGAUGUGAUAUAAGUUCCCCUUUAGUUAGUAUAUGUGCAGAGAGAGGGCAUGAAGCUUUGGUUGCUGAUGCUGUAAAUUUGCCUUAUAAAACUGGUUUUGGUGAUGCAGCAAUCUCUAUUGCUGUAUUGCAUCAUUUAAGUACUGGAAGUAGGAGAAGAAAAGCCAUUGAAGAGCUGGUUCGAGUUGUUAGGAAGGGGGGAUUAGUGUUGAUAACAGUAUGGGCUGUGGAGCAAGAAGACCAAGGUUUGCUUAACAAAUGGACCCCAUUGCCCCAUAAGUACCUAGAUGAGUGGAUUGGUCCUAGUAGUCCUCGUGUAUGUAGCCCCCGGUCUUUCAACUUGGAAAGCAUUCCUGAAAGUGAAGAGACCAGUUCUAAAGAGUCCUGCAAAGUCUCCCAUGAGUCCCUGGGUGAAAAUCCGAAUAGAAUCAUAAAUAUAAACAACCAAGAAGACAAGUCAAUGACAUCCGAUGGUGAUGUUAGUAAAGAAAAUCGACAGGAGUACUUUGUUCCCUGGCAUUUACCCUAUCAUCGUGCUGAAGUUAGUGGCGCUUCUGCUUGUGCUGUUGCAAGUGGUUUUGCACGAAAAGAUGACAAGAAAGGCGCUGUGGUGUAUGACAGAUAUUAUCAUGUCUUCAGUGAGGGUGAACUUGAAAGCUUAGUCUCCGGAAUGAGCAAUGCUGUAAUCGUGGAUCGCUUCUUUGACAAAUCAAAUUGGUGUAUUAUUCUCGAGAAAACACAAUGAUAAACUACUAAAGACGCACCAAAUCUCCGCUCAUUCCUUUGUUGAUGAGAUGAGACGAGGCUGUUGAUAACUGAGGUCGCCAAUGCAGGUUUUCAUAAGUCUAGUGCAACCUUUUCGGCUGCACCAGGAUUUGUUGGUUGGGACGGUCUGUUCACAGAAUAUUGUUGGAUUGCUUUUUUCUAAUUUCCUUUUCCAGGUGCUAAUGUUCUCAUAUUGCUUAUAAUUUACUUGUAAAAUUAUUUCUAGGGGCGUUGAUCUGCAGUUUUGUCAACUAACUUAACGGUAUACAUCUACAACUGGUCCUGUAGGCAGUAAGGUUUAUUUGACAUGAACACCUUGUAUGACUUGAUUACAAAAGUCUUGUAAUUUUCAAAAUUAUGUUGCUUAUA